AGCCACUGGACAAAAGGUGAACCAUCAGAUAUCGUUCUCUCUUGCGAAAUUGUUGGAUUAGACCCGAUAAAUAAGUCUAACCGAACAUGCGAUUCAGCAAAUGCAAAUAAUACAAGAUUGAUAAUGAAUUCAUCUGAAAAUGUCGAUUUUCUCGUUCGAACUGAGGGGAGUUGUUUUACUGCGAUAUUUUCAAUUGCAAAACAUACUAAACUUUGUCCAUGGUGUGCUAGCGAAGCUACUAAAACUGAGGUUAAUAUUUUUAAUUUUUCAUGUUCUCAUUAA